AGCUCAUGAAUAUGGGUAGCACUGUUGUCAGGUUUCUAAGCAUUGCAACCUUAUUUACCAUUUGCUUAUUAUUAUGCAAUGCAAAUCUGAGUGCGCCUUGCAAACAAAAUGAGAGACAAGCACUUUUGAAGUUUAAGCACGAUCUUGAAGAUCCUUCAAAUCAGCUUUCAUCUUGGGCUGGUGAAGGAGAUUGUUGCAAUUGGACGGGAGUUGUCUGCGACAAUUUAACCGGUCAUAUCCGCGAGCUCCACCUUGCCGAUACUUACAGUGGUAAGAUAAGUCCAUCUCUCCUCAAUUUAAAGCAUCUGAGCUACUUGGAUCUAAGCAACAAUGAUUUUCAAGGAAUGCAGAUUCCUAGCUUCUUAGGUUCUCUCAAAAGUUUAAGAUAUCUUAACCUCUCAUACUCCUCGUUCGUCGGAUUAAUUCCUCAUCAAUUGGGAAAUCUAACGAGUCUACAGGUUCUUGAUCUGGGCGAUUAUUCGGAACGGGAGGUUGAGAGCCUUCAAUGGAUUUCUGGUCUUUCUAAAUUGCAACACUUGGACAUGAGUUGUGCAAAUCUUAGCAAAGCAUCUGAUUGGUUGCGGGUGACAAACACACUCCCGUCUUUGGUAGAGAGCUUCCAUAUGUCUGCUUGUGGACUUUAUCACAUACCUGGUGGUAUUGCCAACAUGACUAAUCUUAAAUUCCUUUAUCUCGAUCUCAACUCUAUCAGUUCUAUACCUAAAUGGUUGUACAGGCUUAGCCAUCUUCAGUCCCUAAUUCUUUCCUUCAAUUUUUUUCAUGGUGAGAUCUCGUCUUCCCUUGGAAACCUCACAUCCAUUGUCAAUCUUGAUAUUUCGUGGAACUAUCUCAAUGGAAGCGUGUCAGAAAUUUUUGAAAGUUUUUCUAGGUGUAGUUCAGGUCAAAUAGAGUCAUUGAGUCUAUCAUCGAACAAUCUUUCUGGCCAUUUAACAGAUAAGCUUGAUCAUUUUGAAAAGUUGCGCCUCCUUUUUCUUGAUAAUAACUCAAUAUCAGGUCCCCUUCCACCGUCCUUUGGCAAUCUGUCAUGCCUAGAAGUUUUGAGAAUUGAUGAUAAUAAUUUAACAGAAAUUUUUGAAAGUUUUUCUAGGUGUAGUUCAGUUCAAAUAGAGUCAUUGAGUCUAUCAUCGAACGAUCUUUCUGGCCAUUUAACAGAUAAGCUUGAUCAUUUUGAAAAGUUGCGCGUCCUUGAUCUUGCUAGUAACUCAAUAUCAGGUCCCCUUCCACCGUCCUUUGGCAAUCUGUCAUGCCUAGAAGUUUUGAGAAUUGAUGAUAAUAAUUUAACAGGUGUUGUCUCUCAACUACAUUUCACCAAUCUUAAAAAAUUGGUGCAAUUUGAAGCAAGUGGAAACUCAUUGACUCUUGAAACUACUCCACACUGGCUUCCUCCAUUUCAACUUUCUAUUUUGGAUUUAAAUUAUUGGCAUCUGGAGCCAUCGGAAUUGCCCAUGUGGCUUCAGAGUCAAACGCAGUUGGAGAUUCUUAUCAUGCCCAACACAAGAAUUUCAGGUACCAUUCCGACUUGGUUUUGUAACUUUUCUUCCCAAUUACAGCAUAUUGAUCUCUCUGAAAAUAAAUUGUAUGGUGAGGUUCCACAUAUAUUUCCCAGUUCGCGUUGUUUCGAUAUUUUCUUAGGUUCUAACCAGUUCAAUGGUUCAUUACCUCUUGUUUCAUCAAAAGUAGGUAUACUAGAUCUUUCCAGCUCAUCGUUUUCUGGAACGCUCUUUCACUUCUUCUGUAAUAAUAGUAGUAAACCAAAGACACUUAGAUCUUCGUCAUUUCUUCAUCUGGGCAACAAUCUUCUAUCUGGAAAAAUUCCUGAGUGUCUCAGAAACUGGAAAAAGUUGUCAGCUGUAAAUUUAGAUAGCAACAAUUUAAUUGGGAAUAUUCCAAGGUCUUUGGGCUACUUACUCUCCCUCGAAUUCUUGGACUUGCGCAAUAAUCACUUGCAUGGGGAGUUGCCUCCUUAUCUAAAGAAAUGUACAGAUUUGACUAUUCUUGACCUUAGUUACAAUAAGUUUCUAGGAAAGAUACCAAUGUGGAUUGGAACAAGCCUUUCAAAUUUGAGGGUUCUCAGCCUUCGUUCAAAUCAGUUUCAUGGCCACAUUCCGUACAAACUUUGCGAUCUCACAUAUCUCCAAAUAUUGGACCUCGCACAUAACAAUCUCUCAGGAAGAAUGCCAAGGUGUUUGCACAAUUUUACAGCAAUGACCAUCUCUUCAGAAAAUACCCUCCCUAUAGACUCGCUUAGAGAGAAUGCAAACGUGGUGACAAAAGGCAGAGAAGUGAAAUAUGGAAGCAGUCUUCUUAGCUUGGCAAUUAGUUUGGACCUUUCAGACAACAUUAUCUCUGGAGAAAUCCCUGAAGAACUUACCAGCCUCAUCUGCUUGCAGUCGGUGAAUUUGUCUUAUAAUCUUUUGAGUGGAAGAAUCCCUCCCAAGAUUGGUGAUAUGAGAAGUUUAGAAUCUCUUGAUUUGUCCAGGAAUCAACUUUGUGGUCAAAUUGCUCCAAGUAUGUCAAGUUUGACAUUUCUCAGUGUCUUGAACUUGUCCUACAACAAUUUGAUAGGCGAGAUUCCGAAAAGCACUCAACUUCAGAGUUUUGAUCAAUCCAGUUUUAUUGGUAAUAAACUUUGUGGCCCUCCACUUGAAGUGAACUGCAGUAAUACCAACGGGACAGUACCACCAGUAGCAGAUCAGAAACACGGAGGAAGUUAUUUGCUUGAAGACGGUUGGUUCUAUCUGAGCUUGGGACUAGGAUUUCUGUUCGGUUUUUGGAGUGUUCUUGGCUCGUUGUUGUUGAACUUGCCAUGGAGCAUUGUUUUUAAUCGGUUCCUAAAUAGCAUUGUGAAGAAGCUUUAUGGGGUAAUUGUGGAACAUUUUUAACUAUUUCUGCCGGUAGAUUGACCUUGGUUUGUUCUUUUAGAUGUUAUCGUUUCCAAAAUUUUAAGAGAUGCUUUAGAUAGGAUGUACUUUUCUUGGAUAUCGAUGCUUGUAAUCAGGGUCAGGCUUUAAGUCCCCCCCCUUUUUUUUUUCAGUUGUUAAUCAAUAAAGUUAUCCCUCGU